UCAAGGUAGAUGACAUCUGCUGCUCUCACCUCAUCUUGCCAGCCAGUUAUGCGCUCAUAGAAGGCUGUCAAACAGGAUUUCCCCUUGGUGAAUCCAUGUUGUCUUCCCCCGAUAACCUUCACGUGUUUAGUGAUGGCAUUCAGGAUGAGUUGUUCUAUCACUUUUCCAGGGAUGGAGGUGAGGCUGACCGGCCUGUAGUUUCCUGGGUCGUCCUUCCUGCCUUUUUUGAAGACUGGAGUGACAUUGGCCUUUCUCCAGUCCUCAGGCACCUCACCUGUCUUCCAUGGUUGUUCAAAAAUGAUGGAGAGAGGCUUAGCAAUCACAUCAGCCAGCUCCCUCAGCACUCAGUCUGCCCCUCAUCCCCACAGGAAUGAUGAAAAAUUGGAUCUACAAUGGACUUUGGAGGGUCACCAGCUGGGCGUGGUAUCUGUGGAUAUCAGCCACACAGGCUCCAUUGCAGCAUCCAGCUCCCUCGAUGCCCACAUUCGCCUUUGGGAUUUAGAAACUGGCAAACAAAUCAAGUCAAUAGAUGCUGGUCCUGUUGAUGCAUGGUCCCUGGCUUUUUCACCCGAUUCCCAGUACCUUGCAACAGGAAGUCAUGUGGGAAAAGUAAAUAUUUUUGGUGUUGAAACUGGAAAGAAAGAAUAUUCUCUGGACACAAGAGGGAAGUUCAUCCUUAGCAUUGCAUAUAGUCCAGAUGGAAAAUACUUAGCCAGUGGAGCAAUAGAUGGCAUUAUCAAUAUUUUUGAUAUUGCAACUGGAAAACUUCUGCAUACGCUAGAAGGUCAUGCAAUGCCAAUUCGUUCACUGACGUUUUCUCCAGAUUCUCAGUUACUUGUAACUGCUUCAGAUGAUGGCUACAUCAAAAUCUAUGAUGUGCAGCAUGCAAACCUGGCAGGCACCUUAAGUGGUCAUGGAUCCUGGGUAUUAAAUGUAGCAUUUUGUCCUGACGAUACUCACUUUGUUUCCAGUUCAUCUGAUAAAAGUGUUAAAGUCUGGGAUGCUGGAACAAGAACUUGUGUUCACACUUUCUUUGACCACCAAGAUCAGGUCUGGGGAGUGAAAUACAAUGAAAGUGGAUCAAAAAUUGUAUCUGUUGGAGAUGACCAAGAAAUUCAUAUUUACGACUGUCCAGUUUAAGUAUCUUGGCUGAGACCCUUUGGUUAACUCUUCUACCAGUUUUUAGGAAUACUACUGUCCUAUGUAAAAUCAUCUAUGUUUAUAUGUAAUUUUGAUUUUGUUUAGCAUGAGAGAAAGCUUUACUUUUUUAAAAAUAAAAGCUCCAGCUGUAA